AUGAAGUGCGUACUUGCAUUGAGUGUGUUCGUGGUAAUUGCAAUUUCGUCGUGUUUAGCUAGUGACCUAAUAAUUGGGACCAGCUACAACGCCCGCUUAGCAUGGCAGCAUAAAUCAGACUAUAUGGGCAUCCCAUUCAAGAAGAGAGUAAAGGAAGUUUUCUACUCAGAUCCUGGCCAACAAAUAAUCAAGGGCAUCAUAGCGAGAGACAUCGACCACACGUCAGGGAGCGCCACAGUCACUGCCGGUGGUGUCGGUUUCAGUUUCGCCAACAUUCGUCUUAAGAGUGAACGUGGCAGUGGACUGAAUUACCAAAUCGAGAUCUAUGUAUAA